AGCCGGCGCCAUUGCUGGAAGCGUUCCCGCCCUGCUCUGCGAGUGCCCUCAGUUGUCCUCAGUUCGGCAGCCAGAUAUGCCAUUGCAAGACUCCACUCUUGCCAGAGAGGGGAACCCGGAGGAAGAGAUUAUGGCUGCUAUGGUUUUUUCAGUUGGACCUCUGAAUCCAGAAGAUUCCCAGCCCGAUGAAGAACUUCACCUUCAGGCAGAAGAGCCGGAACUGGUAAAGGAUUCCGUGACAUUUAAAGAUGUGGCUAUAGACUUCACAUUAGAAGAGUGGAGGUUGAUGGACCCUUCACAGAGGAACCUACACAAGGAUGUGAUGCUAGAGAAUUAUAGGAAUCUUGUCUCCCUGGGGCUCGCAGUUUCCAAACCAGACAUGAUAUCUCAUUUGGAGGAUGGAAAAGGACCAUGUGUUGUAGAGAGAGAGAUUGCAAGAACUCCCUAUCCAGAGCUGGAGACCAAACCUGCAACCAAGAAUGUAUCAAUCGAGGAUAUUUCUGAAGAUGUAUCACAAGAGACCAUAAUAUAUAAACUCACAGAGAAUGGUCUAUGGAACUCCAGAAUGGGAGGAUUAUGGAAAUGGAAUGAAAGGAUAUUGAGAUUGCAAAAUAGUCAGGAAAAUCAUUUGAACCAAAAAAUAGUUACUCACAAGAAAAUUUCCUCUGGUCAAAGAGGCUUUAGAUUUGGAUCUAUUCUUUUUCCUGAAGCAGGAGUUAUCAGAGAAGAACCCCACAGCAAAUGCCAAACACAUGAAAAUUUCACUGAGAAUUUAGAUUUGAUUACAGAUACACAUAUGGGGAAGAAAAUUUGCAAGGAUACAGAAGGCAGCAAAGCCAUAAGGCCUACUUCAGAACUUACGUUAGGGAAAAAAUACAAUAAUAAAGAAAAGCCCUAUAAAUGUAGUACAUGUGAAAAGUCUUUUCGUUAUAGGUCACUACUCAUUCAACAUCAGAGAACUCACACUAAAGAAAAACCUUAUGAAUGUAAUGAAUGUGGGAAAAUGUUCAGCCAGCCUUCAUAUCUCAGUCAACAUAAAAAAAUUCACACUGGAGAAAAACCCUAUAAAUGUAAUGAAUGUGGAAAGGCCUUCAUUGCUUCUUCAUCCCUUAUGGUACAUCAGAGAAUUCAUACUAAGGAGAAACCUUAUCAAUGCAAUGUCUGUGGAAAAUCUUUUAGCCAGUGUGCUCGCCUUCAUCAACACCAGAGAAUUCAAACCGGAGAGAAACCCUAUAAAUGUAGUGAAUGUGGGAAAGCUUUCAGUGAUAAAUCAAAACUUGCAAGACAUCAGGAAACUCACAAUGGAGAGAAACCCUACAAAUGUAAUGAUUGUGGGAAAGCCUUUAGGAAUAAGUCAUAUCUUAGUGUACAUCAGAAGACCCAUAAUGAAGAGAAACCAUAUAAAUGCAAUGAAUGUGGGAAAUCUUUCAAGAAUACCACAAUUUUUAAUGUCCAUCAGAGAAUUCAUACUGGAGAGAAACCCUUUAGAUGUAAUGAAUGUGGGAAAGCCUACAGAAGUAAUUCAAGCCUUAUUGUACAUAUAAGAACUCAUACUGGGGAAAAACCCUAUGAAUGUAAUGAAUGUGGGAAAGCAUUCAAUCGUAUAGCAAAUUUCACAGAACAUCAAAGAAUUCAUACAGGAGAAAAACCUUAUAAAUGUAAUGAAUGUGGGAAAGCAUUCAUUAAUUAUUCAUGCCUUACUGUACACCACAGAAUGCAUACAGGAGAGAAACCUUAUAAAUGUAAUGAGUGUGGAAAGGCCUUCAUGCGUUCUUCAUCCCUAAUUAUACAUCAGCGAAUUCAUACUGAAGAGAAACCUUAUCUAUGUAAUGAAUGUGGGGAAUCUUUCAGAAUAAAAUCACACUUAACUGUACAUCAGAGGAUUCAUACUGGAGAGAAACCAUAUAAAUGUAAUGAAUGUGAGAGGGCAUUUACCAAAAUGGUAAAUCUCAAAGAGCAUCAGAAAAUUCAUACUGGAGUGAAACCUUAUAAAUGCUAUGAUUGUGAAAAAUCUUUUAGGACUAAGUCAUACCUUAUUGUACAUCAAAGGACACAUACUGGAGAAAAACCAUAUAAGUGUAAUGAUUGUGAGAAAGCUUUCACUAAUACAUCACAACUUACUGUACAUCAAAGAAGGCAUACUGGUGAAAAACCCUAUAAAUGUAAUGAAUGUGGGAAGGUUUUCACAAGUAACUCAGGCUUUAAUACCCAUCAGAGAACGCAUACUGGAGAGAAACCAUUUAAGUGUAAUGACUGUGGGAAAGCAUUUAGCCAGAUGGUACAUGUCACAGAACAUCAGAAAAUCCAUAGUGGAGAGAAACCCUAUAAAUGUGAUGUCUGUGGAAAAGCCUUUAGGAGGGGUUCAUACCUAACAGUGCAUUGGAGAACACAUACUGGAGAAAAACCCUAUACAUGCAAGGAAUGUGGAAAAGGUUGCAUCACUCUAUCACAGCUAACUCUACAUCAGAGAAUUCAUACUGGGGAAAGGCCCUAUAAAUGUGAAGAAUGUGGAAAAGCAUUCAGAACCAACUCAGACUUUACUGUACAUCUGAGGAUGCAUACUGGAGAAAAACCCUAUAAAUGUAAUGAAUGUGGAAAAGCCUUUAGGAGUAGCUCAAGCCUUACUGUACAUCAAAGAAUACAUCAAAGAGAAACUCAACUAAUAUAAAGAUUAAUAAAUCAUCCAGAUGCCAACUCCACAAGAAGAAUCAUAAACCGUGUCUUUUAUGAAUGUGGGAAAACUUCCAGGAGCAAUUUAUCAGAAAAUACGCACCUAAGAGAUACUUUAGAGGGGGCGCCUGGGUGGCUCAGUCGGUUAAGCAUCUACCUUCAGCUCAGGUCAUGA